AUUUUUUUAGCCAUGACCAGUGCAGGCAGUGCGACGGUUGUGCUUGGAGCGCAGUGGGGCGACGAAGGCAAGGGCAAGCUGGUCGACAUUCUGGCGCUCCACUCGGACGUCGUCUGCCGCUGCCAGGGCGGUAACAAUGCAGGCCACACGAUCGUGGUCGACGGAGUCAUGUACGACUUCCACCUGCUGCCAUCGGGCAUCAUCAACGUCGAUGCGACCAGCGUCAUUGGCAACGGCGUCGUCAUCCACCUGCCGGGCAUGUUCGAGGAGAUUGAGAAGAACGUCCUCAAAGGACUCGUCGGCUGGGAGCAGCGUUUGAUCGUCUCGGAUCGUGCGCACCUCGUGUUUGACUUCCAUCAAACCAUCGACGGGCUUCAGGAGCUCGAGAAGGGCCGUGGCAGCCUCGGCACCACCAAGAAGGGCAUUGGUCCGUGCUACACUUCCAAGGCCAGCCGCACGGCGCUCAAAAGCGAUGGCCCAUCUUUCAAAGUCGACGUGGACGCUGAGAUUGAGCGCUACCGGAGUCUCGCUGAGCGCGUGCGCCCGUUGGUCAAGGACACUGUGUACUACCUGCACGAUGCCCUCGUCAACAAGAACAAGCGAGUUCUCAUCGAGGGUGCCAACGCUGCCUUGCUCGAUCUUGAUUUCGGCACCUACCCUUACGUCACUUCCUCCAACUGCACCGUCGGUGGCGCAUGCACUGGCCUCGGCGUCCCACCGCGCGCCAUCAAGCAAGUGUUUGGCGUCGUCAAGGCCUACACCACCCGUGUCGGCGAUGGCGCCUUCCCCACAGAGCAGCUGAACGUUGUUGGCGAGACCCUGCAGCAGGUCGGACGCGAGUACGGCGUCACCACUGGCCGAAAACGCCGAUGCGGCUGGCUCGACUUGGUGGUCGUCAAGUACGCGCACAUGAUCAACGCGUUUGACGGCAUUGCGCUGACCAAGCUCGACAUUCUCGACUCGUUCGAGACCAUCAAGAUUGGUGUUGCCUACAAGCACAAGGGUGCGCUUCUCGACGCCUUCCCCGGCAACCUUGCGGUGCUCGGUGAGGUCGAAGUCGAGUACAUUGAGAUGCCCGGCUGGAAGUGCGACAUUUCCGGCGUUCGUCAGUUCAGUGCACUCCCCGUUAACGCUCAAAACUAUGUUCGCAAGAUUGAGGAGCUGUCAGGAGUGAAGGUUCGCUGGGUCGGCGUUGGACAAGCGCGUGACGCCAUGAUUGAGCUUGCAUGA